AUGGCGCAGUGGGAGAAUUUCAAUCACAUCUUCAAUUUCAAUAAAAAGCUCUCAUAUGAUGCAAAAGUGGUUGAUCAAAUUAUAUCCAACCGUAAAGCACUGGAGAACCAGCUGUUUGCUGAUCGCUUGCUAGGCGUCGCGGGCAUCAAAGCAGUGUCACAGGUCUAUCCUCCCAAAACGAACGAUGAACUCCGAUCGCUCGUUGACCAGAUUGUCUCCUCGGAACUGGACAUUCAUCACAAGCAGGCCUUGAUCUAUUACAUCUUGAAAGACUGUCGCAGUGCCCCGGAAGCAGCUUCUCACUUUGCGCAGAACUGCCAUCUUCCAGAAAAGUAUCGUCUUUUCAUUGAGGGUCUCUGGAACUUGGAUCGCCUUGAAUUUCGACGCGCGAUUGAAUGCCUCACUGAGCCCUCCCUCAUCCCAACUUUCCCAGAUGAUAUUCUUUACGUCUUGACCUUGCCGCAUCUUCCCAAACAUGACGACAGCCUCGCCAUUGCGUACUAUCUCACCACCGCUCCUCCUCUGGCUGGCCCCAAGGUGCAACGAGCAUUCUUUGAAACCCUCUGCCGAUCCAACGUGACGGAGGCAUUUUUCUUUACUCGUAAAUGGGAUGAGUCUCAGCGACGGAUCUACUUUGAGCAGCUCAUUGAAUUUGUGAUGAGGACACCAGCCGGGCAGACACGGAGCAAGCGCGCCAUAGAACUGGUUGGUCUGCCUCUGGGGGAAGAUGAGGAGGCAUGGUUUGAGGAGACACUCCUGCAUGGGGCUGCGAGAGCUUUGCCAGGAGCCAAGGAUACGGUGAUGAUGCGACGAUUAGCCACCGGGCAUAUCACAGAACUUGGCAACGAGCUGGAGGCCUUGGGCGGCAAAAAAGUAGAUGGGCUGAACUGGGACACAUUGCGAGAGAGCAUGCGACGAACACAGAAUUAA